AUGGCGGCCGUUGCAAGUGUCAUCUCUCCAGCAGUUUUGGCGUAUCUCCCGCCAGACCCUCCUCUGGAAGAAGUGACUCCCGCCCGCGAUCGUGCAUUUUUCGCAGAUCCAACAAAGGCAUCGCUGCUCAAGGAGGUGACGGGAGUGGAAGAUAUCACUCCAUAUAUCGGUACUGAAUUAAAGGGCGUUCAGUUGUCGAAACUGAACGACGCCCAAAAGGAUGAAUUGGCGCUUCUUGUGGCUGAGCGAGGCGUGGUUUUCUUCCGCGAUCAAGAUAUAACUCUUGACCAACAGCAUGAGCUGGCGUCAUACUAUGGUGUGCAAGAUAGAGAUCCAAAUCAGCAGGAUCCGAAACAUGUUACCAUCAUUGGCCGGGGCGGGAAUAUCCGAGCACAUGGGAACUUUGCAUCAGAAUGGCACGGCGAUCACUCUUAUGAGUUGAAUCCUCCCUCAUAUACCUUACUGCGCCUUGUCAAGACUCCGCCAACUGGCGGUGAUACAUUAUUCACCAGUCAAACCGCACUCUUUGAUAAAUUGAGUCCAGCAUUUCAGAAAGCUCUCGAGGGCUUGAAUGCGGUGCACUCGUCCGAUAGGAGUUAUCUCGCAUCUAUCAACGGCGGUGGCACACCACACAGAGCGCCAAUUGCAACGGUCCAUCCUCUAGUCAGAACGCACCCAGUGACUCGGCUCAAGUCCUUGUUUUAUAACCCCAAUUUCAUCGAACGCAUUGAUGGUUUAAAUGCCAAGGAAUCUCAAUAUCUCCUUGCAUUCCUUCGGGAGCAUCUCUUGAGCGCUGAUGAUCUCACAGCUCGCUGGAAGUGGACGCCCGGCGCAGUCGCAUUUUGGGAUAACAGAGUUGUGGUUCAUAAGGCUGUUCCAGGUGGAUAUGAUACGGGCCUAAGAGAAGGCAAACGAACGGCAGUGUAUGGGGAGAGACCAUUCUUUGACCCGGAGAAUAGCGAGACAUUGUCUGAAAGAAAUGACAGGCUUGAGUCUUAG